UGCAAAGCAAGUAGGAAGUCAUGUAUGACUCCUGACGUCACUUCCUAAAGAAGUCUCAUUCUGAGAUUUCGGAGGACGGUGUGUUUAAUUUUGCUGCAGACAUGAGGCUGUGUUUGGUAUUAGCUGUCACACUAAUGUCUGUCCUCAUGGCAGUCGUACAUGGGGGUGACAAGAAAAAAUUACAGAUAGGAAUCAAGAAAAGAGUGGACAACUGUCCGAUUAAAUCCCGAAAGGGAGACGUGUUGAACAUGCACUACACUGGGAAACUGGAAGAUGGGACAGAAUUCGACAGCAGCAUCCCAAGGAAUCAACCCUUCACUUUCACACUUGGCACUGGGCAGGUUAUCAAGGGCUGGGAUCAGGGUUUAUUGGGAAUGUGUGAGGGUGAGAAAAGAAAACUGGUGAUUCCCUCUGAGCUUGGCUAUGGGGACAGAGGUGCACCACCUAAAAUUCCAGGUGGAGCCACACUCAUCUUUGAAGUAGAGCUGUUAAGCAUUGAGAGAAGAUCUGACUUAUAGUGAGAUUUGUAGGCCUGCGAGCACUGAACCACUGACUAGAGCUGUACACUGUGUCCACUAUACCUGCAUAGCAAUGUCAAGUGUUUAAGAGUUUUUUUAGUUACUUGCCAGGUAUCACAUAUAUAAGAAAAAUCACACUUUUAAUUCCAUUCGAAUAUUUUUUUUCACAUCAAAGAAAAAGCAACACAGUUUUAGACAUGUAUGUAGCACCAUUUUUUUUUUAUUUGAGAGCCUUACUACACAGAUUUGAUUGUGAGAGUGCACAAGGUACAGUUUUUGCCAUUCCAACAAGCACUGAUCAGGAAGAGAUGCAUUUCUCAAUCUUGUUCACUUAAAAUUGAAUAAACGUUUUAUUUUACAAAAGA